UCACCGGGGACGGUUUCUAGGCAACAAAGGUUGUUGAUUUCCUCGAAAGUGGAGAAGUACUGAUUUUGUGCGGAAAAUAUUCCUUGUGAUUUGGAUGACUUACUACUGGAGACUGACCGGAGCCCGAUUGGUGGACUUGUUCAUCAAGGACGCCUAAAACUCUUGGCUGCGAUGGACCGCAAAUGUCGAAUACGGCAAUCGAACAAACAAAAUUUAUUCGAAAUUACUGAAGAGCAAUCAAUAUUAGCGCAGGAAUAUAUGGGUCAACAACCCUGGCACUGAAUGAUACUAUGGCCGGAUUCAUGUGGUUGCAAGUACAACGAUGAGAACCUCAAGAGAGCGCCUAUAACUAGCCAGCUCAGAAACUAUUUUCUGAAGAUUUUUGUGACAGAAUUAAUAUAACUAUGAUCUUUGGCCAUGAGAAGGAGCGAAGGAGCAGAUACAACCGACAACUCCAACCAUGGAGCACCGUGGCAGCGACCCCGUGCAUGGAGCAAGUCGCCGGGCCGCCAAUGCCGACCAGAACCGGGCAAUAUUACCAAACCCCUAGGCCCCACCCCUGGAGGCCCACGUUGGGCUAUGAGAAUGUCGAAGUGACUCCCUUGCCUAGUCAGCAUGCUACCAACUCUUUGGUCGAUCCAUGCUAUACUCCGUAUGGGAUGGCUACGGAGCCUCUAAAGUUCCCCAAUUUAGUGACGGGGUUUGAGAGGAACCCGGCUCAUGCGGCUCGAGCUGCCUUAUACACGCGGUACACGCCGCUGGAAUGGACCCAGAGUAACUUGCGGCACUACAAUGAAGCUGACACCAAUCGGAACUACUCAGAGCGCCUCAGGGGAGAUUUUAUUAGAGUCAUGAGGGAAACUGAUGAGAAAACUGCACAAGGUCAGAGGGAGUCGGGACGCAGAUUGGGCGAACGAAUUACAGAUACAACGUUUUGGCGCAACGAAGCCCGCACUGAGUUGGAGCGGCUUCUGACUGAAACCAGCUUGCUUCAAGACGCCAAACGCAACAUCGAUAAGGCCAUCAAUGAUAUAGAGGCUCCUCUGCAUAUCGCACAGGAAUGUCUCUAUCACAGAGAGAAGAGAACCGGAGUUGAAUUGGUGCAUGACAGUCCCGAGCAAUGCCUGCUGAAGGAAAUUGAAACCUAUCGCAACGCUCAAGCCAAGUUGAAGUGUUUAGCUUCAAAGGUUGGGGAUCAGUUGCGCAAUAAUAGAGCGGCUCAGCAUGAGUUAGAAACCGACGUCACUAGUAAGGAAGGGGCUUUGGGUAUAGACAACAUCUGCCACCAGCUGAACAACUUCUCGAAAGGCAUCAACUACUACGGGGGGAUUGAGAAGUUCGAUCCAACGGUGAGCACCACGCAUACGUGGGCGGAGCACAGUAACCGCAUAGUUCAAAAGUCUCAGUCUGAGCGCGGCCAUUCGUCUCAGAUGCGCUCCGACAUAGACAAUCUGAUCAACACCUGUGCUCAAGAGGUGUGGGAUGCCUGGAGUAACACAAACAACGCACUGGCUCGCAGAGCUGCGGAGUCUUUGGAAACCAAGAGCAAACUGCAAAACCACCUACACAAGGUGCAGCAAGAGCUGUUCGACUUGGAGAAGAACAUUGAACUACUAAAGAAGGGCAUUAUAGAUAAGAGCGCACCAAUGAAAGUGGCCCAAACUAGAUUGGAGGCGCGCACCCACAGGAAGAACAUCGAGCUAUGCAGAGACACCGCCCAGGACAAGUUGGUGAACGAGGUGCGCGACCUCCAAGACAAUAUAGAGUACUUGCAUAAAAAGCUGCAAGAAGCUGAGGCUCAGCAUCAGCAGUUGCUCAAAACCAGAGCGAGCCUGGAGGAGGAUCUUCACAACAAGUGCAAUUCUCUGUUUAUUGACAGAGAAAAGUGCAUGGGGUUACGCAGAUCGUUCCCCAUCACGGCCACCAUCAAAUACUAGCUGAGGACUGCGGGUCUUAAUCAAAUUAUAGUGUAUUUUCUGAUUUUUGUUCGGAAAACUGAUAAAGAAUAGAAGAUUAAAAACAA